AUGGCCCAGACGACAUCCUCUAAUAUAGUAGGCGUCCACUACAAAGUGGGCAAAAAGAUUGGCGAAGGUUCAUUUGGUAUCAUCUUCGAAGGUAUCAAUAUUCUCAACAACCAGCAGGUAGCAAUCAAAUUUGAGCCGCGGAAAUGUGAAGCUCCGCAAUUAAGAGACGAAUAUCGCUCUUAUAGAAUUCUCAACAACUGUGACGGAAUCCCUCAGGCGUACUUCUUUGGCCAGGAAGGUGUUCACAACAUUCUCAUAAUCGACUUGUUGGGCCCCAGCUUAGAGGACUUGUUCGACUGGUGCAACCGCAAGUUCUCCGUCAAGACUGUAGUCCAGGUGGCCAAACAGAUGAUUCAACGCGUGGAAACCAUCCACGAAAGCAAUUUAAUAUACAGAGACAUCAAGCCUGACAACUUCUUGAUAGGAAAGCCCGGAACACCACAGGCUAACCAGGUGUACAUUGUGGAUUUCGGCAUGGCCAAGCAGUAUCGUGACCCCAAGACUAAAGUUCACAUCCCUUACAGAGAGAAGAAGGCAUUGAGUGGAACGGCCAGAUACAUGUCUAUCAAUACGCAUUUGGGUAGAGAGCAGCUGAGACGUGACGACUUGGAGAGUUUGGGUCAUGUGUUCAUGUAUUUUUUGCGAGGGUCACUUCCGUGGCAGGGAUUGAAGGCUCCUACGAAUAAGCAGAAGUACGAGAAAAUCGGCUUAAAGAAACAGACGACGUCUAUUAACGAAUUAUGCUACGGCUUCCCGAUUCAGUUUGCACAGUAUUUGACAUAUGUGCGGAACUUGAAAUUCGACGAAACUCCUGAUUACGGCUACUUGGUCGGCCUUAUGGAUAGGGCCCUUAUUUCGCUCGGUGUAGAGGCUGAUGGCCACUACGAUUGGAUGGAUUUAAAUGGCGGUAGAGGAUGGGACGCGGCCCUCAACAAGAAGGCCAAUCUCCACGGGUAUGGAAACCCCCAUCCUCCAGCACAUAGGCGACAGCAGCAAUCCCCUGCCCAUGCACAUCAGCAACAACAGCAGCAGCAACUGCAACAGCACACACAACAGCAACAACUACUGCUGUCACCUGGACAACAGAGAAAUGAUCAGAACUCGAAGUUGUUAUCGCUUUCACAACGCAACGGGCGUAACUCUCGGUCCAAGCUGCUUUCUUUCGGCAAUUACAACUCGAUCACUCAAGAUAGUCGCAAUCAUCAAUUUAUGAAUAACGCCGCCUACCAGCAACAGGGAAUGAUUCCAGUGCGUGAUGACGGUGACUUACAUUCCGACACCUCGAGUUUCAACGAAAGAAGAAAGAAGGGCCGGAGUUGUUUGACACGGGUGUUCUGCUGCUGUUUAAUAUAGAAGCUAUAGAUAAUCGCCAACCGAAACAAAACAAACAAAGUGCCAAUAUAAUAGUGUGGUCGUGCUCGAAAUCCAAUAUAGCACCAGUAUAAUUAGUACAAAUAUUACUACAAAUCCUAUAUAUACCGCAUCAAAGUUCAGUACAUAUGUCAAUGAACUGGUGCUUUGUUUACAGCCCCAUCACCACACUAUUUCUAUUCUAUAUUCUAUAUUCUACAUAUUUCUUGUACUUU